GUUUUAUCGCAUCCAACGCCGAACUUUGAACAGCUCAAGAACCCUAGCGCUCCCAAAUCACCUCACUCUCACUCCCCGCAGUCCAGCCGAAUCAUUUUCCGAUUCCGUGAAGAAUUAAUGGUUUAAUUGCAUUUUUGUAUGCGAUCCACACUAAAUCUGAAUCCGUUGGUGACAAAGGAAAAUGGCCCUGCUCGCGUUGCUGGCGAAAUCACGGCAGUUGAUCAGGCCACAGAGCUUCAAAUCGAUCUCCACCUUCGUUCACCUCAAGCAAGAGGCGCAGCUAGCGGAGGAUCCGCCGUCUCCGUCUCCGUCUCCGUCUCCGUCGCCGUCGCCGUCGCCGCCGCCACUCCCGCCGAAUCCCGCCUCCGGAAGGGCGCUGCACAAUGAGAACUGGCGGAGCCCUGUACCCGAUGCUCUGGCCUCCGACGGGUCGGUUGUUCCAUAUGGAUUGGGGUUUUUAAGGCAGACGCGCGGGGGGCAGACACAGUUACUGGCGGAAUCGCUUGACGCAGCGAAUUUGAUGAAUAAGUUUGCGGACUGGAUGACGUCACAGAAAUGGGACGAGAUUAAGCAGCUUUUUGAGCUUUGGGUUAGUUCUUCGGAUAAGGGCGGGAGCCUGAAUAAGCCCGACACUAAACUUUACAAUCACUAUUUGCGUGCCAAUUUCAUGACCGGGGCAUCUGCGGGGGAGUUGCUUGACCUUGUUGCUCAAAUGGAUUCUUACGGAAUUUUGCCUGAUACUGGAUCGUAUAAUAUCGUCCUCAAGGCGAUGCAGAGGGCUGGCGAAACACUUGCCGCUGAGAAAUUGAUUGAAAGGAUGCUCCAGACAGGGAAAGAAGACAAAGAAUGUUUGCCGGAUGAUGAAUCAUAUGACAUAGUUAUUGGCAUGCUUCUUUCAUCGAAUCAGAUUGAUUCUGCACUUAACUACAUAGAUCUUACGUUGAAAUCUGGAAAGAAGCUGUCACUGAAGGCAUUUGUUGAUUGCGUUCGUCGCUGUAUUGAUAUGGCGAGGUUGGAAACAUUGGUAUCAAUUAUUGAGAGAUGCAAGAAGAUGGAGCAAAACAAAUCACUGUGCCCCCCGUGGCGCGUAUGCAAUUAUAUUGCCGAUGUUGCAAUGCAAGCAGACAAUAGUGAUUUAACUUUUUAUGCUCUUUCGUUCAUGCUCCAGUGGAUUGAGCGAGGAGAGAUAGCGAAGCCUCCUGUUUAUCUUUAUGUAGACGAACAAUUACUUAUAUCUGCCGUUGCAACUGCUUCAAGAACUUACAAUUCUAGACUCCUAGUUGGAUCAUGGAAAAUCCUUUUACGUUCAUUGCGGAAAAAGAGCAAUCCUAGUCCAGAGUCUUACCUUGCAAAAAUAAAUGCCUAUGCCAAUUUGGGGAAUCUACAGAAUGCUUUUAUCUCACUCCGUGAGCUUGAGCAAAUUCAUGGAAAUUCUAGUCAAGACAAUGGAGAAGAUUUCUUCUCUCCAUUUGAUUGCUUAAAUCCGUUGGUUGUAGCUUGCUCCAAAACUGGUUUUGCGACCUUGGAUGCUGUCUAUUAUCAGCUAGAGAAAUUAAGUAAGGCCGAGAAUCCGUACACGUCUAUUGCAGCUCUCAAUUGUGUUAUUCUGGGCUGUGCGAAUAUAUGGGAUCUUGAUCGUGCUUACCAGACUUUUAACUCUAUUGUUACCACUUUUGGACUAACCCCAAACAUCCACUCCUACAAUGCUCUGAUGUGCGCUUUUACAAAACUCGGCAUGAGAGAUGAAGCUGUUAAAGUCUUUGAGCACUUUGUUGGAUCGGGCGUUAAACCAAACGGAACAACAUAUUCUCUACUUGUUGAUGCUCAUUUGACCAAGCGGCAACCAAAAUCCGCUCUCAGCGUGAUUGAUGAAAUGAUAAAUGCUGGAUAUGAUCCUUCAAAGGAAAUCCUGAAAAAGGUUAGAAGGCGAUGCUUGCGAGAGAUGGACUAUGAAUCUGAUGACAAAGUGACCUCCUUGGCCAAGCAGCUCAACAUUCGAAUGGGAUCCGAGAAGCGACGAGGUUUAUUGUUUAAUCUUCAGUACUCUACAGACUAUGCGUAUAAUGCUGAGUUCAAAACGCAGCCGCAAGCUUAAAAGAUCUUUGGGCAAGAUGUGGUUUAGAAACAACAUUUCCUUCUAUGCUUAGAACUUUAUACUUUGAAGUUUGUUGUUCCUUGGCCAGAUUGCUGGAAAAGAUGGAUUUUGACACAUCCUGUUUGUCGAUCAAAAAUAAAUGAGUUGUGAUUUAUGGUAAUUUCUACUGGUUUAGAACCCGAGAUUAUAUGUCUUAACUCAGGAUAGUAAUUUCUUAUUUCGCUGCCUUCUUGCUUAGCUUCGUUUGGUUCUGGACAAUUUCUAGGAAUGAACAUGUAUGUGAGAAGCGAAUGAUCGAUUCCUUUUCUUGUUAAGAGAUUGUACAGCUUCCGACGACAUUUGAUGUUGUCUUCCCGCCAUGUAUUUUAUUCUUUCUAAAAACUUUUACAUUUUUGGUAUCUACAAUCAUAAAUGGCAUGGUUAUGGUUUAA